GAAGUCUACCUUUUAACAGAAUAAAAUAUUUUCAUCCACUUUUUUGGACUUUAAAGUCGAAAUACUUUUUCUAUAAAUAAUGAGUGAAGAAAAGAGAGGACUUUGCCUGAACAUUCGGUACCUGAAGAAUGUUUUAAGAAAGGCACGAAAAAUAGAUGAUACAAUACAACUAUCUCUUAAUUCUGCUAAAUGGGAAUCACCGGGACAAGCCAGAGAAUCUCAAGAGCAACGAUGCAAUCGAGUUAAGCAAGAAUUAUUUCAAGGAUGGCUCAGUAGAGAUAAUUUCUUGAAGGAUUGCAUUGCAGUUACAGAAGAGGAGUUGUCCAAAAAUAGUCCAUCAUCAAAUGUUAAUCCAACUUCUGAAAAACCACUGGUCUCUGAACGUUUAGACCCCUAUGCUAAAGAACAAGAAAUCAAAAUCUCGCCAUUAGAGGAGGUUUCAAUGACCCUCAAGUCUGAACAAACUGUUGAAAAUAUUAUACGUGAUCAGACUUGGGAAACACUGACGAAUGCUUGUCCAGGAAUGUUUGGCAGCUGGAGAAUGGAUUAUACUAAGGCCAAAGCAACAUAAAAUCGCACAUCUAGGAAUAGAAACUCGUGAAGCAUUUCAUUAACCCCUUCUUAAUUUUUCAGAUAUCAAGUCUUUUUCUUUACAAGUUUAUCACUUGCAGACUACAUACGAGUUUUACGAAAGUAGAGAAUUAUCCAUAGAAAAAAAUCCAUAUUCUUUAGAUAAACUUUAUGUGACGGUAUCUUGAUAGACAUAACUAAGGUCAUUGCUAAAAAUUGAAUGCACGGGAGCUCUAUAUUUGAAAAGCGCUACAUCCAAAUAAUAUCUAUAUGUGUAUAUAUAUUUUUUUCUUUCGUAACGAGCUCCA